CACGUGGUGUCACACGGACGGCCAUGUUUCCGAAACACAAACAACAAGAAGAGCAGCGACUGGGAGCCAGCAGACACAUACUGAUACGCAGCAGCGACCGUUGGAGGAGAGGGAAAAAUAAUAAAUAAAAUACAGAGCACGACUUUCUGAAAGUACGAUUCUGUCGAAUGAAUACGUUUACAGUGUUUAAAGAGACCAAUGCAUACGAUAUAUUGGCUGUAGACACACCGUGCAGACAACCAGUCUGGUAGCUAUAAACAGAGAAGUGGUGCAAAGGGAGGAGGACAGGAAAUAAAGGAGUUACCUGGAGGGUGUCCGUCAGUCCACAUUUCAGUUGGAGCGAGAGAAAAAGGCACAGAGGGAGAGAGAGAAGGGAGAAGAGGAGUGCGAGUCGCGUCUGCUCUUGGCAGCUGUUCCAGCAGCCUGUUUCAUUGUUUUGGCUGUUAUUUCGUUCCUGCGUUACCUUUUUGAUGAAUCAGUUCAUAUUUUUAACUUUAAUGUGAGAUAUAACUGCUGUAAAAACAAAAACAAAAAAAAGAAAGAAAACAUUAUUACUAGCAAGAGUGUUUUUAUUUUGUUCCAUCAUUAAUUUCCAAGGUUUUUUUUGUUUCUUUUUUUAUGUUUAACAACCUUUUUCGGCUGUGAGUAGCAGGAGCUUCCAUUCUCCAAACUAUCGUCGAACCCCCUUCCUUACCUAGUUAGGACCUGAUAACCUGGUAUUCCUCAAGCACCUGAAACUGGCAGCUAUUCUCUUUGUGUCUGUGUGUUUGGGGAGCUCUGUGACCACAGCUUAAGCACCACUCAGCCUUCUAGUCACCUAAGCCUAACUAAAGCCAGCCAGCUCUAGCCUGGUCCAGCCCAGUCCAGCCUGCUCCGAUCAUCUGGACAGGAUACUCAGUUCUGUGUGGACGUGAGGAAUAUGACUGCUGAGACUCUUAACUUCGGCCCAGAAUGGCUCCGUGCACUGUCCAGUGGGGGGAGUGUGACGUCCCCCCCUCCUUCCCCCGCCAUGCCAAAGUACAAGCUGGCCGAGUACCGCUACGGCCGAGAGGAGAUGUUAGCACUUUAUAUCAAAGACAACAAGGUCCCAGAGGACAUGCAGGAUAAGGAGUUUGCUGCUAUUCUGCAAGAUGAGCCCAUGCAGCCACUGGCACUGGUGCCUCUCACUGAGGAGGAGCAGAGGAACUUCUCCAUGUCUGUGAACAGUGUGGCGGUGCUGAGGCUCAUGGGAAAAGGGGUGGGUGGGGCUGCCCCAGCUGGAGUGGUCCGAGGACGAGGGGCCACACGAGGUGGUCGAGGACGAGGUCGUGGUGAAGGUGGAUUCUACCAAAGAAGUAUUGAAGAUGUGGAAGUGGGUUUUGGCCGCAGCGUCCGAGAGAUACACCGCAGCCAGAGCUGGGAUGACCGGGGUGAGCGCCGAUUUGAGAAGCCGCUGCGGCGCGAGGUGGGGCGUCCUGGCUUCGAAGAGGCUGGAGGUCCCGGGGGUCCAGGGAGGAAGGAGUAUACAAGGGCUGACAGCGAUAACUGGCGCACCCUCCGGGAAGAGCAGGAGGAGGAUGAGGGGGAGCCGGGCAGCAACUGGAGACUUGCUGGACCCCGCAGGGAUGAUGGUGGUCCUCGCUCAGCAGGCUGGCGGGACCACAGCGGUCCAGGUGAGAGUCGCCGGAGGAAGUUUGAUUUUGACUUCCGGGACUCGGAGGGCCAUGGUGGUGGCCGCCGGCGUGCAGGCAGUGAGGGACUAGAGGAUGACAGGGACGGCCUGCCUGAGUGGUGUACAGAUGAGGAGGAUAGUGAGAUGGGCACGUUCGACUCUUCUGGAGCUUUCAUGCCUAUGAAGAAGGGUGGCAAGGAGACAAUCCUGGAGGAGGAGUUUGAGUUUAAGGGGAUAGAGGAGGAAGAGGAGGAGAGCCUUGCUGAUAACGAGAGGAACAGUGCUGAGGGAGACAAGGACAAAGAGAGUAAAGAAGCCAGCUCUGCUGUAGUUGAUGGUGAGGCAAAGCCAGCAUCACCUUCCUCUUCUCCUCCAACACACUGUACCCCUCCAUCCCUGGAGCCCCAACCCAGCAAUGCAGGCCCAGUGGUGGAAAACACUCAGCUGAGCAACAGCCAAGUGAAGGCCAACAGCACCCCUGGUGAAGACGUGGCUCCAGUAGGGGGCUCCAAGGCCCAGCUUAGCCCCAGUGCCGCCACCUCUUCCAGUCUGCCUCCCCCACCCCCUUCCUCUGCUGCUCCGCUUCUCCCUCCAUCUGGAGGAGACACUGAGGACGAUGAGGGCAUGAAGCACCUGCAGCAGGAGGCAGAGAAAAUGGUGGCAUCACUGCAGGACACCUCUUUGGAGGAGGAGUGUUUCACCCAGGCUCUGCAGCAGCAGCAGGAGAGCAGGAACACAGCAGCCGCUCUGCCGCUGUCUCAUGAGGCCGCCAUGAAGUGGUUCUACAAGGACCCACAGGGAGAGAUCCAGGGUCCUUUCACCACUGUGGAGAUGUGCGAGUGGUUCCAGGCUGGCUACUUCACCAUGACCUUGUUGGUGAAGCGGGGCUGUGACGAGGGCUUUCAGCCCCUGGGGGAUGUCAUCAAGAUGUGGGGCCGCGUGCCCUUCGCCCCAGGGCCCUCUCCGCCGCCCCUGCUGGUGAGACAGCCACCACCAACGCAGCGCCCGCAGCCCACCCGGGGGCCCGCCGGGACUGUGAGUCAGAGCUCAGCCAACGUAGAGGAUGGGGAGGGGAGGAUGCAGAGGAGAGGGAAUAUUGAUAGACAGGUUAUGGGAAACCUGGACCAGGAGCGCCUGAAAAAGCAACAGGAGCUGGCAGCAGCAGCUCUUUAUCAGCAGCUCCAACAGCAGCAGCUAUUCCAGCUCAUUAACAGGUGCAGUGAGCAGGGUAUAAUGCCUUCGAUGAACAGGUCGAUGUCAGUGCCAGAUACAGGGUCCAUGUGGGACAUGCAUACCUCAGCUUCACAGCCUUCAGGCGGUGAAGCCAGUCUUUGGGACAUAACAAUGAAUCCUUCUACUCAGGGUCCAACUCUUGAACAGCUUCAAAAGCUCCAGCAGGAGAGGCGAGACGCUGAACUCAGGGCGAAGCGUGAGGAGGAGGAGCAGCGUAAGAGGAGGGAGGAGAAGAGGAGGCAACAGGAGGAGCAGAAGAGGAGGGAGGAGGAGGAGCUCUUCAGACGCAAGCAGUGUCGACAGCAGCAGGAGCUGAUCAUGAAGUUGCUACAGCAGGCCCCCCAGCAGCAGGGUCCUGGGGCAGGCGGCUCAGGCUGGAGUGGGGGUCCCUCCACUGGGCUCACCAAAGCAGGAAAGUCCCCAGCUCUGGCUCUCAUGGAAAUGCAGCAGGAGGCAGAGAGGCUCCUGAAGCAGCAGCAGCAACAGAGGGCCCAGCAGCAGAGAGACCGCCACCCUGGCAUGUCGAUGGGAAGCUCCUCCAUGGGAGGGCAGUGGGUUGAGGGUGUUGGCAUGUGGGGCGGGCCUGGAGGUAUGGAGGGUAAAAGUGGCAGUGGAAGCUCUUCAGGCAGCAUGGGCAUGUGGGACGAGGCUGUGAAGAACCAGACCGGCCUGCGUGGCAACAGCAACAACAACAUGGGCUUGAAGAACAGCCGCAGCAGCCCGUCACUCAGUGAUCAGUACAUGAUGCGUCGUAAGCGGACAGAGGAGGAGGAGAAGCUGCUGAAGCUGCUGCAGGGCAUGAAGCCUCAGGAUGGCUUCACCACCUGGUGUGAACAGAUGCUGCACGCUCUCAACACCUCUGCCAACAACUCCUCCUCCUCUCUGGAUGUUGCCACUAUUGUGGCAUAUCUGAAGGAGGUGGAGUCUCCCUAUGCAGUGCUGGACUUCAUCCGGUCCUACCUAGGGGACACAGUGGAAGCCAAAGAGUUCGCCAAACAGUUUCUGGAGCGACGUGCCAAACAGAAAGCCAACCAACAGAGACAGCAGCAGCAGUUAUCAAAGGAAGUGGCUGGAUUGAACAUGAACUUCCCUCUGCAGGACUCAAUGCGAGGUAUGAAUCCAAGCACCCUGCAGUCCAUGUUUCAAGCCAACCACAUGGGCAAGGCUGGUCUCUACGACAACCAGGGGGGAAAGAUGAAAAAGAAACAGCCCAUGAUGCUGCACUCUGACCCCAGCAUCUUAGGGUACUCAUUCCACAACACGGGCGAGUGUCUGAGCCUGAAUGAGAUGGAGAUGGUGGAGGAUUACUGAUGUGACGCAGAGCAGCAGCAAUAGCUACCUGAGGCCUUCUGUCUUUUAAUCAGACAAACCUGAUGACGAAUGUGCACUGCUGGGGGAACCGGGGGUGGGGGUAGGAAGGGAGCGUGCGUGAGGGGAGGUGCAGGGUGGAGGCGCCUGGAUCUGCGCCUCCCACUCUUUCCUUCCCUCCUAAAAGAAAAAAGGGCUCCCUGCUGCACCAGUUGAUCACUUGAGCAGGGGAGAAGGGGGGUGAGGAGGGGUGAGGUUAAAAGGAAGAUGGGUAUCCUCUGGCACUCAAAAGAUUAAGCACCUUAUACUGAACUAAUGCACUUUAUUGAGAUGGGAUUUGAAUAGUUUUUUUUUUUUCAUGUGUGUAUGUAUGUGUGAGUGUUUGGAAUCAGUGAGCAUACAGUAUGUGUACAUACACAUUAUCUGUGUGCAUGUGCAUCGGAACUGGAAGGGGGUGGUGAAACAGUCAGUGGGGUGAAUGGUCGGGCUGUUAGGUUUUCAAAGUCAGGGGGACCUUUAGUUGAAACCUUAUCGGAGAGCAAAUCCUUUCUCGAAAGACAAACACUGUUGAUAUUUCUCUUGUUUAGCAUUUUUUUACGUUUAUAUAAAAAGUAAAGCUAUUGAAAAAUGGAUUAUAAAAAAACUUGAAGAUUUGCACUUGCCUAAAAAAGAAAUAACAAAAACAACAAAAAAAUCAAACAAAUGGGGUUAGUUAUAGAAGUGAAUAUUUUUUUGUGAAUGUGUAUGAAUGACUGUGAGUGUGACUGAUGAGAGAUGGUUGGUUUGUGUCAGUAAUAUACCAGUCUGCACAAUGUUUUUUUUUUUCUUUUGUUGCUUACCAAGAUGUAUGAAACAUAAGAGGCCAUUUUUGUCUUUUUUGUUCAAAUGGUAAUUUUGUAUUCUCAUGUUCAGAGAGUGUAUGUGUGUGUAUGGGUCCCUUCUCCAAACAGGGACUUGGUCUCCAUGUUUUGAGAUAGUGAAUGAAUGAGGCAGAGAGAGAGAGAGAGAGGGCAAUUGCACAACACAUCCUUUCUCUCACCAGCUCUUCAUCCCCAGAUAGACGAAAUAGAAAUGCAUACAUUUGUAAAUGUCAGCUUUUGCGCGCAUCACAUGAUGACCACCACUAGUUUAUUUCCCUUAGCUUCUCCCCAUGGGGAGCUGUCUCUAGACCUAGAAGGACUACUAGACAGGGAAAAUCAUGAGGGACAUUACUGUGUGUGCAUCUGAAUGAGACUUUGUAUGUGUUUGUGUGUAUGUGUGUGUUUUCAGAAUGCAUGUUCAUUUACUGUUCAUAGAAAUGAGUUAAGACUACAGGUACUCAUUUUGAAUACAUGUGCUUUUUUGUAUGUGUAUGAAUGCACAUUUGUGCCUAAGAACUUGGAUAGGGUGCGUGGCCAUUGAGACAUUAACUCUUUUUUGAGAGCAAGUGUGAUGUGUGUCAGUGCUCAGCACAGUGUAUGUAAAGUAUGUAAGUUUAUAUCGUAAAAUAUUUCUAGUUCAGUCUAGGGGUGAUCCAUCGGAAGGUUAGUCCAGUCUGUUUUCCUGGGGUGUGAUCACGUUGCCUUUUGUCAGCUCUCGAACUUGUGAAUGAAAGGUGUCGAGUUUCUGACUCUGAAAAAAAAAAAAAAUACAGCAUCUUAAUGUGCAAGUGCACAGAACGGUGCAUGAAAUGUUAGCAUAUUGUGUUACUUAUUCGUUGUUGCAAUUUGAUAAUGACGAGUUUUCUUUUUUUAAUGAAAAAUAUAUAUGAAUAUAUACAUUAUAUACAAAGUUUAAAAAGUAUUUGGACUAAGAUAAUGAGCACUUGGGGCUGCUAUUUUUGUUGUGUUUUUAAUUUUGUUUCCUUAAUUUGUUUUCAUUUUUGUUUCAUUAUCGCCAUGUGAAGUGUGUGUAUUAUUUCUUUCUUAAGAAAAUAUUGAAUGUAUUCCAAAAAAAAAUGACAAGAAACCCGUGCUGAUACCAGAUAUUUUUUCCUCAGAAGAUUUCAAAAAUGGAAACAAAAUACAAAAAAGCUUCAAAGAGUUUAGCGAGGUCUUUUUUUAUUUUCACAGUGGAGAAGAAAAAAAAAAGUCGGGAUGGAUACAGUUGAACACACUGCCUCUACAAUCCUGGUCGUACAAAUAGUGACUUAAGAAUUCAAAGAAAGGACUCUUUCUAUUCCAUACUGGAGCUUUGGUUGUUUACAAACCACAUGGAUAUCUGUGGGUGCAGUUUUUUUUUGUUUUUGUUUUUGUUUUUUUGUUUUGUUUUUGUUUUUUUCCUCUAAGAUAAGACGGGUGGGGUUUGCAAGUGCGCUUCUGCCAUAUGGACAUUGAGUGGUGUUGGUUUUUUUGAGGAAGAGUGGCAGGCAUCACAACAACAUGGACAAGAUCCUCUAACUGGACCUUUGUGUGUGGUUUUGGAUCCUGAGACUUGAUGAUCAACCAUGGAGCAGAGGCGGUAAAAUCAAGGAUUGGCUCUGUUUUGUGGAGAACGGAGUGCAGGGAUGCAUAACCCUGGAGGGAACUGAGAGGGCGAUAUGAGUACACCUGGUUCGUGCACUUGUCUUCACCUCAACCCUCAUAAGCACUCACACCCUGCCCUCACCAACUCACCUAUGCACUUUUGUUCAUUCAAGCUGUGAGGUACCAUUUUGGGGAUGGGAGCACAAUUACAACAGGAGGAUUGCUACGACUUUGACAAAGUCACUGAAAAGAUAUUCCCAAACUGAAAUAAGAGACUCGAGAAGCAUGUCUUCUCCCACCUCCUGUAUAUAACCAUAUUUUUGUAUUACCUUUCUGCGUAGAAAGAAAAUUUGCAAAUGGAUGAAGGAAAAUUCAUGAGACAUUGAUCAUAUGGAGUGAAUGUUCUUCAAGAAAACCAAUCUUUUUGAAAAUAGUUUGAAAUAGACUCGCUGUGAGUUUCCCGUAGUUUGCCAGUAACCCUGAAGUAAUCGGGGAUGGAAGGGAAAACCACAUGGAACAUGGACUGAGGUGCUGGACAUGCUACAGUGUCUCCAAGACUGACUGAUAGUUGCUUUUCUAAAUGGAUGUUGCAGUGGCUACAAAGCCCCGCCAAGAGUGUUUGAUGAACAUACACAGUAAAGAGGCAGACUUAGGUUAGAAGAGCUGUUGGCAAGGAUGUCUCCACCUCAUCUCCCAACCUGGUGACUGCCUUGAGAGCUGUAGUGUGACUGCAGGAGGAAGAAUCCUUGGCAUUGGCGUCUGGCUGUGCUUUAUUUGCUGCCCUCUACAAGGAGGAUCUCAUCUACAGCCAACCCAUGAACCAGCCAACCCGAAACCUGUUCUUUGAACUUAAACCCUAAGAAACUUUUCUGUCUUGACCUCGGACUGGGCAGGCCAUUGGCAUUAUCAGUUGGACAGUUACCAGAUGAAGUUACAGGUUUAUCGACCAUGGAUCCCAUCUGUGUUGGAAGUGUUAGGCUGGGCAUUUGAUCAAGCACUCUCUGGCGAGGAAGAGGAUAAAGAGACACGUAUCGCCCAGAAGUCAUCAUCCACCUCAGCCUGAAACUCUCGUGUGGUUGCAUGGAGGUCUUUGAACCAGCGGGACAGAAGGCCUGCCCUCCUGCUCAGACGUCAGAGAUAGAGAGCUGGGUUGGGUUUUCGGUGGAUGUGGCUGGAUUACAUCUAAGCCACUAAAAAUCCCUGCAGCUGUGGAACUGGAUAAACUGAAAGAAUUGUACAAAAAAAAAAAAAAGACUUUGAAACAUGACAAAAACACAAACACGUAGCUACAUGUCACAUAGAAUCUAGAGUCCAAAGGAGUGGCAGACACUACAUGCACACUUAGAGCAAAAGCAACGUACACUCAGUUACAUUGACUCUCCUAUGGAACCGCGUCUGCACACAUUACAGGGCUACAUCAAUAUCAAAUCACACAAGACAUACAGACACACACAAGCAUCAAUGCUCAUCACUAUAAAUGCUGAGCUUUGUAAAUAAUGUAAAAGUUUGUGUUUUGAUUUUUCUCAUAGUGGGUUUUGCUUUAUUUCUUUGUUCAACAUGCCUUAAAUUGUAUAGUUCAGUCCUGAAUGGCUAACUGAAAAUGUUCUCUAAAUGAUGAAUUUAAGUUGGACACCACCUUGUUAACUGUCCUCUAAAGUUAAAGUAAGGAAGGAGCUUUCAACAAGACUGUUUUCUAUUGGCUAACAGAACUGUCUGCUCUGUAUUAACUUCAUAAAUGUACAUCUGAUCAUCAUGAAAGUUACUAGUUAGCUACAGAAUAGAGCAGCAAAGCAGUCAUUGAUUAAUCUGAUUUUGCUGGUGGCUUAUGUUGCCCUUUUGGUUUCCUUAAAAUGAAGAGUGGAUUUGUUUAGAUUUUUUUUGUAGAGUAUUGCUGAAAGUGCAGGCUGAAGUCUGUACUGUCUGGAGCUGAUCUGGCAGGGUGGGAUGCACAGAACUGGCUUAAAGGACAGACUUGUCGCUGAGACUAGUGUUGGUUACACUGUUUAAGGAAAAACUGAAUCAGAGUGACAGGUCAUCCGCAAAUUUAGAUACAAGUUGGGGCUUUUUGGUUAGUUUUUUUACACUCCGAAGGCUUCUGUGGCUUGGAAGCUACUAGGUACUUUUUACAGUUUUGAGAUGACGACUCGGGCUUGUAUGAGAAACAUGUUUGUUAGAACAAGCUUGCAUGAUUUGUAAUAUUUGUGGCUUUUGACACUAAACCUAGAGAUGGGUCACAACUUGGCCAAGGUGGCCUCUGCUCUGUCUGUUAGUGGAGCUGACCGUUUUGGAUGGCACUGACUAGGGAAGGAUUUGACCAGUCAGUUGUGUGUGAAAGAAAUUCCAUGUCUAGAUAACUUGGAUAGUGUCUUGAUCUGUGUGUAAAUCUAAUUGGAGAGAAUUUGAGAGAUUAAUGCUUUUAGUCAGCCAGUAGUUUUUUGUAUCCUCGAUAACUAAACAAUAUGCAGUUUUUAAUCAACAUGGCAACUGAUAUUCAUUGACUACCAUCAGCUUAGACUUGUAAUACUCAUGUACAUUGUGAUUAGCUGAGGUUUUGGUGGAUAGUUACCUGCCAUAGCUAACUGUGUAAACUGAGGUAGCCACAGUAGGCUCCAGUAUGUCAUAACUGUUGAAUUGAUACUGAAUUAAUACUUAAUGGUUUCUAUGUUAAAAUUGUUGUUAUCAGUUGCCAAAAAAAACAAAAUGACUUAAAACAUAUGAGUAUGCUAACAAGUCUCUUAUUUUUUUGGAUGACUUAAAAAAUACCAAUGUGACAUUUUUUUAAAAGCUGAUAUUGUGUGGUAUUAGUUGUUGGUCAGUCAUUCUGUCUUAAAAGAGUAAACUGUAGUUAUAUGCAGUUUAUUUUACUGAACUACAAAGGCUUUUAUGAUUAGAUAAACUGCAAUAUUGUGUUGUCAAAAACCCUGGGGUGUUUGGUUGUAGUUGAAAAGAUCCUGUCAUGGCCUGUCCUCUGAUGCUAUAAAGUUGAUCAUGCAGUUCAUUGUAGCUCUGGUAACUGUAAUUCCAACAAUACUGGCCUAAAAGAUAUGAAAGUUGUACCCCUGUCAGCUCAGCUCCUUUGCUUAAUAAGUCUGAAUGUUGUUAAAAUAACAGCAUACAUGUAUUGAAACUGUUUUGGAAAAGAACAACUGAAAGAUGUGUAAAUAGUUUGGCUUUUGUUUGUUUGAAGAACAAAAUAAAUACUAAAUAAAUAGCAUUUAGCAGUGA